GCUGGUGUUUGUUUUUGUGCCGGGACCCACUGCAUGCAGGAGCUCCUGCAAUUGAUUACUACAGAGCCCCCUGCUGGUAUAGAAGAGAUCAAGCGGUUCAAAUAUGCAAAUAUAGCAUGUGAGCUGCUGACAAGUGACGUGGGAAUGAUCACUGACAAACUUGCUAAUGAAGAGUUACUCCUGGCAACUUUGUAUGCCUUCCUGGAGCAGCCAUCCCCACUUAACCCCCUCCUGGCAUCUUUUUUUAGCAAAACUAUUGGCAGCCUCAUCACACGGAAGACUGAGCAGGUGAUUAACUUCCUGCAACAAAAGGAGGGAUUCCUUUCCUUGGUCCUGAAGCAUAUUGAUACAUCAGCCAUGAUGGAUGUGUUGUUGCGACUUAUCACUUGUGUGGAACCAGCUCCUCUUCGCCUGGAAACGCUUACUUGGCUGAAUGAAGAGAAGCUAGCCCAGAGGGUAAUAGAGCUUAUUCACCCAGAGAGAGAUGAAGAGAGGCAAUCCAAUGCAUCUCAGACUUUGUGUGACAUCAUUCGAUUGAGUAGAGACCAGGCCAGUCAGCUCCAAGAGAUUUCUCAGCCUGAUCCUCUGCUGACUGUGCUAGAAUCGCAGGAGUGUGUGGAACAGUUACUGCAGAAUAUGUUCUCUGGGGAACGCACCGAGAGCUGUAUUGUCAAUGGAAUUCAAGUACUUCUCACAUUACUAGAAAUCAGGAGACCUGUAGUGGGCAGUGCAAUGGAUGCUCAGGGAUUUGAGAGAAGUUACACUGUUAACAGCAGCAUUUUAUUGGCCAUCCAGCCACACCUUGUACACUUCCACCAGCUACUUCUGGAACCACCCAAGAAAACUUCCAUACUGACGACUCUGGGUGUGCUGGAAGAUCCACUAGGGAACACACGCCUGCACGUAGCAAGACUGGUUGCCUCUCUCUUGUAUACCAGCUCUGCUAGCCAUGCAGUUGUAGCACAGGAACUCUGUCGACUCAACACAAUGGACCUACUUCUGAAUUUAUUUUUCAAGCACACAUGGAACAACUUUCUCCACCUCCAAGUGGAACUUUGUGUUGCUGCCAUCCUCCGGCCAUGUGCCCAUGAAAUGCGCUUUCAGACGGGUCUGGGAUUCCAGGAAAAGUUGAUGCCUAAUCAGAUGGAUCACAGAGCAGGCUUGUCUGCAGCCGAAACGUCUGAAUCUUCAAUGACGACUGAAAACUCUGCACAUAACUUAUUGGUGACUCAUUUGUUUCAGCACUGCCAACUCAUCCAGAGGAUUCUAGAAGCUUGGGAGGACAAUGAUAAAAUACAGUCAGAGGGUGGCAUGAGGAGAGGAUUCAUGGGCCACCUGACUAGGAUCGCCAACACAGUGGUUCACAAUCAGGAGAAGGGCCCAGUACACACCCAGAUCAGUCGUCUUAUCACAGACCUGCCAGAGGACUGCAGAGGGCGCUGGGAGACCUUUGUGGAUCAGACUCUAUCAGAGACCAACAGGAAGAACACAAUCGAUCUGGUUGGUUCUGGCAAUCCCUGUCUUUCUUCAGAAGAUGAUAUGGAGAGCCCCUUUCCUAAAGAGCUGACAAUGCAGCAGGCUUUUUCAGACUACCAGAUUCAGCAGAUGACAGCUAACUUUGUGGAUCAGUUUGGCUUUAAUGACGAAGAAUUCACAGACCAGGAAGAUAGCAUUGGUGCAACGUUUGACCGGAUUGCAGAGAUCAGUAUCAACAUUGAUGCAGGCCAUGACAGUGUUAACGCGGCUGUUUUUGAGGCUUGCACCAAAGAGAGAAUUCAGCCCUUUGAUGAUGAGGAGGACAUUUGGGAAGAGAAACAGAUUAAUUAUGCAACACAAACCAAGUCUCGUAACAGGUUUGGAGGGUUACAGAGCCAAGCAGCUAGCAAGAACUCUAAUAGGACAUCAGAUUGUGGUAUUGAAGCCUCUGACAGAGUUGUUGGCUCAGCCACUGCAGAAGAGGAGCUUAAAGAUGAUCUGGAUCCUUUCUUAAGCCACUGCCAGCCUGAAGCUAUAACAAGUGAGAUAUAGUCUAGAUACUGGGGCUGGAUAGCAGACUUCGGAGAGGUGAACUCAAAAGCUCCAGCAGCUGGAGUCGGUUUUGCAUCCUGGGAGAGUCCCGUCUUCCAGCCAGCCACCACAGAAACAGAGGAAAAAGGAUGGGCCAAGUUCACAGACUUCCAACCCUUCUGUUGUUCUGAAACAGGUCCCAGAUGCAGUUCUCCUGUGGACUCGGAGCUGAGCAAAUCAGAUGGUUCCAAACCCAAUCAGAAUCCAUGUGUGUGGAGCGUGUGCGUAGCAAGGAAAGCACCACUGGUGGCAUCAGACAGCUCUUCCUCCAGUGGAUCAGACAGUGAAGAAGAACAAACUAAGAUGGACUCUGCAUCAGUGGAGACAGUCGCCACAGAGACCAUUACCACAGGUGCUGGCAAGGAAACCAUCCGGCUCUCAGUGGAUGCCAAAAAUGAGAGGGCAGUCUAUGCUAGUGAAGCAGAUAAGGUGCUAAAAGAGGCAAUAUCCGUCAAAGAAAAAGAGAAAGACGGUACAAAAGACAAACCACAAGAAAAGAAACAUCAUGAUUUUCCCAUUGCUGCUGCUGCUGCCGGUCCUACUGAGCAGCUGGCUGCAGUCACACAAGACCUGCAACCCUCUGCGAAUGGACCGGCCUAAAGACGUGGUACAGACACACACGUGCUUCUCACCUGUCGACGCAGUCAUGCCAUCUUGCUUCCUGUCAACUCCUCA